CGUCAACCGGUUGACAAAAUCUCGAAGAAAUAAGUAGCGGUUUUCGGAGGACGUCACCUUUAGUAUUCAGUGUACCGUGUUGUUAACAUCUGGUCACCCACAUAGUAUCUGCCCGGCAAAAGUCGGAAUUUCGUGUUAUAUCUGUGGCGUCUUGUUUUUGAAUUGUUGUGAAAUAUUGCGCGUAGAAUAAUGUCCAUUAUAGAAAAAUUAUCGAUCCAGGGUAUUCGUAGUUUUGGUUCAAAUUCGGAAGAUGUUCAGACAAUAACUUUUUCUUCACCGGUGACAUUGAUAUUGGGAGAGAAUGGUUGCGGUAAAACCACUGUGAUUGAGUGCCUCAAAUAUGGGCUCACUGGGGAGGUGCCGCCUGGCAGUGACCGCGGUCGAAGCUUUGUACACGAUCCGAAAAUAUUCAAUCAAGCAGGCACAUUGGGGCAAGUUAAAUUGGAAGUUAGCAACCUACAAGGAAAACGAAUAUCCGUUUGUCGUUCUAUGAAGAUAUCAAAUAAGCGGGGCAAGUAUUCAUUUGAAACGCUGGAUGCGACUAUGAACUAUAUAGACAGUAAGAGCGAUGGCAAGGGCUCUACGAACUCCAUUAGUAAGCGUUGUGUGGAUGUCGAUGUGGCUAUGUGUCAGUUUAUGGGAGUGUCGAAGGCUAUUAUUAACAAUGUGUUAUUCUGCCACCAAGAGGAUUCAAGUUGGCCCUUGGACGAAUCUAAAAAGUUGAAGGAGAAGUUCGAUGCUAUUUUCGGUAUGACAGAGUUUAAUAAAACCAUUGAGAGGAUCAUAAAAAUGCGUAAAGAGGAGGCUGACAAUUUAAAAGUGAAAGAGGCGGACUUACGCCUUCUUGCACACUUGAAACAAGAAAUGGAUGAUAAGUCACUGACUUUAAAAAAGGCACAAGAGAAGUGUGCAGCCAUACAGCAGGAGUGUGAGCUUUGUGAGGAGGAAAUGAAGCCAAUUGAUGCGCGUUUGCUGGAAAUUCGCAACGUUGAGUAUGAAGUGGGGAAGUAUCAGGCGCAAAAAGUAGAGAUAGAAACUGAACAAAAGAAUUGCCAGGAACAGAUAUUGGCUUUGAACAGCAAUAUAAAAGUGCCAUUUGAAGGUAGUCGAGAGGAAUUAGAGCAGGAAAUUUCUGACUUCGGUCAGAAAAUGCUUGAGAAAAAGCGGCGGCGCAAUGUUCUAGAUAAAAAAUUGAACGAUUCAAAAGUAGAAGAAAAAACACUACAAAAGCGUUUCACUGAUUUGGAUAAAAGACGCAUAUUGCUAAUGCAGCAGUGUCAAAAGGAACAAGAAUGCGUUUCGAAACGCGCCGAACAAUUGAAAACACUUUGCCAACAUUUAGAAAUUACGCUUACCGAAGAUCUAGAAUUUCAGCCUGAGUGUGUGGCAGGUGUGUUGGAGAGAGUUAAGCACUCAUUGAUGGAUAAAGAGCGUAUUAUAAGCGAGAGUGUUGCCCAAACGGAUGAAGAGGAUCGUGGCAGGCAAGCAGGAAUAGAUUGCCAACGCGUUGAGCUCACUAAAGUGGAAGAGGGAAUCAUAACGCAUGAAAAGCAAAAAAAGGUCAAUGAAAAGGAAUUGGAAACUAUCACGAAAGAGAUUGCUGAAAUAGAGACUUCUGCGCGGCGCAUCAAAACUCUGUCUAAAAACAUAGAUAGUCUGAUUAAACUGAUGGACGAAAUGAACGGUAAAUGCAAUCAAGAGACGAUGAGAGCUGAUAUAGCUGAAAAUAAAGCGAGAAUUGUAAAGUUGCAAGAACAAUUUCGUGAAUUAGACGCACGACUAACCAAGUUGAAUAUGAUGGCCAAAUUAAUUGCCGAAAUCACGUUGAAACAAAAAGAGUUGGAGAAGAAAGAACAGGAUGCACGCCGUGUAAAAGGCAAGCAUGCAGAUAACUUUAAGAAACUCUUUAGCCGCACCGUCGAGUCUAACUACAAGCGAGCUAUGCAAAUAUGCAGCGAGAAAUUGCGCGACUCUAUCAAGGAACUUAGUGGAAAGUCAAACAAAUUGCAGUUGGAACAACAGUCGUUUGAGAUAAAGCGUAAAAAUUUAAAAGCUGAACUCCUUAAACUGGAAAAGGAACUCGAAGAAGCAAAAGAGAAGGUUUACGAGGCAUGCCAUGCAGCAUCAUAUGAGGAUACGUUGGCCAAAAGUAAAGCCGCCAUGGCAAAAUAUCAGUUGGAACACGGGGCGUUACUGUCAGCGGAGGCUAUGUACAAAAGAUAUAUAGAAAAAGUUACAGAAGAGCCUUGUUGUCCGUUGUGCCAUAAGGACAUGACCAGCACUGAGGCCACUGAUAUCACAAUGGAGCUAUCUGAUGAGAUCAAUCGCCUGCCGGAGAACAUAAAACGCACUGAAAAGCUAUUAAAAGCAGAGCAAAAGAAGUAUGAAAAUCUGUUGCACAUUAAAUCGGUAGUAGAGACGGUGGCUAAAUUGGAAUUAGACAUCCCAAAGAAGAAGAAAGAACUCGCCAGCAUUGAAGAGAAGCUAGCCAAGUGCGUAGAAGACACUGAAUCACUCCAAAUGCUCUUAUCUGAACCGACUACAUCAUUGGAGUUGGCUGACUCGAUGAUGGGUGAUGUAUCACUGCUGGAUGAGGCCAUGAAAGAGGUUACGCGUCUGAAAAAUGAUAUUGAGCAAUUGAAUGCAAAGCUACCUCCUGAUUUUGAGUCUGACGCUAACUUAGACGAUCUACAAAUGCUAAAGUCUGGUAUAUCUGAGGAGCUUGAUGCAGAGCGUCAUACCUUGGAGGAGAAGCAAGCGAAUCUUGAAAAGAUUGUGAGUGCAAUUAACAAGAUGCAAGAACAAAAAAAUUCCUAUCAAGAUGAACGUAUAAAACUCCAGGAAGGACAGCAAUCGUUGGCGCAGCUACAAGAACGCCAGACAGAAUUGAAAAAUUUAAUCGAAAGCGGAACUACGGAAAUUAAACAAUUAAAAACUAAAUUGCCUGCUUUGAAGCAAAAGCUAAAUGCUCUAAUUGCUGAGAAGAAUCGCAUUCUGGAGACGUCGCGUAAGCGUGUGGCCAAAAUGCAAACCGAGUUAAAUUCCUACAAGAAAAUCGACCACGAUAUACAGCGACUAAAUGACGAAGUGUUUGAAUUUCAAUCGUUAAAUCUGGCAACCGAAAUCGCCGAUAUGAAAGAGUCAAUUAAAACAUGCAAAGUGGCGGUCGAAGCAAAGGCAGAAGAAAUUGCCAAAACAUCAAAUGAGCUUGAGGUGAUCAAAACAGAAUGCCUGCAGCAGGAGACUCUGGAACGCGAUCUGAGAGAUAAUCGUGAAAUGAAAAUACUGCAGGAGAAAAAGGCCGGCAUUGAUGUGCGAGUUGAAGCAUUGGCCAAGCAACUGGGGAAAAUGGAUUUCCCCAAACUGUCGCAGGAAAAGAAUUCUCUGAUUAAAAAACGCGAAAAGGGUACUGUACAUAAGGGUGAAUUACUCGGCAAAAUUGGCGAAGUUAAGAAUCAAAUCAAGAAAUUAGAAAGCGAGAUAAAUGAACCGAAAUUCAAGGAUUCGCUCGAAAAUUAUCGUCGCGCUUUCUACGAAGUUAAGACUUCACAACAAUUGAAAGAGGAUCUUGGCCAGAGUAAGAUAAGCUUGGAAUGGUCUCUCAUGAAAUUUCAUAAGGAGAAAAUGGAACGUAUUAAUCGUCUCAUACGUGAGUAUUGGCGUUUAAUUUAUCGCGGCAACGACAUUGACUACAUACAAAUACAAACCGAUGAAGUUGAUUUGAACGCGAAUGCCGAUCGUCGGCGCAAUUAUAAUUAUCGUGUGGUGCAGUCGAAAAAUAGUUCGGAGAUUGAAAUGCGCGGCCGUUGUAGUGCCGGUCAACGUGUGUUGGCCUCGUUAAUUAUACGCAUGGCGUUGGCCGAGACAUUCAGCAGCAAUUGCGGUGUGCUGGCUUUGGAUGAGCCGACCACCAAUUUGGAUCGUAAUAAUAUUUUGUCGUUGUGUGAGGCAUUGAAUCGCAUCGUAGACGAAAGGCGCAUGCAAUCCAAUUUUAUGUUGAUCAUAAUUACGCAUGACGACGAUUUCAUCUCCACCUUGGGAAAGAUAAACACCUAUCAUAGAGUGUUUCGCAAUGAUGAAUGCAAAUCGGUUAUACGUAAAGUAAAGGUGUCUUAAGUUCCAUUUACCAAAUACAUAUAAAUUAAGAUAAGUAUUUCCUAAAAGAAAAGUUACCCAAUAUAUUUUUUAUUCAAACAUUGUAA